AUGACGUCGAAGUUGGAUGAUUUAUUCGAUAAAAAGAAAGAUGAAGCACCUAUGCUUGAUUUGUCUAAAGUCGUUAUAAAUACAGCAGAAGAAUAUAGAGCAGUAUUGGAUAAGGUUCCCGAAUUUAAGACACGUCCAGAAAAGGUUAGAGCUGAUGACAUAAAAAUUAAAGAUAGAAAAGAAGAUCAUAAAACAAAAACACCCCGAAAAGAGAUACGGGCUUACGAGAAGUUAGGUACUCGUGGCUAUGAAGAGAAACAGUUUACUUUUAUGGAUCCUAUCCCAGUAGAAAUGCAAGGUCUGAAGUUUGAAGAGCUUUGCGCCGUUCCCAUUGAAUGGCGGAUGCUUACAUCUGUUCGGCCAAAAUCAAAACUUGAUGAAGAAUAUUUCAACAGGUUGAUUGAAUUAGGCAAAUCAGAGUUAAAAACAAGAGCGAAAGAGAAGCGGGAAAACGCGAAAAAUAAUAUGGUGAGAAAGAUAAAGAAUCGAUCUGGAGUAACGGAAACUCGUGUUGUAUCGUGCGCUGAAUGCGGUGAAGAGUAUUGUAAUGGUAAAAUGUGUACGAUAACAAACUACGACAUGUUUGCACGUUUGAAGUUAGAUAUAGAGCCUAAGACAAGACGAGCGCAGGCUGCCCCCUCUCAGGUCAGCAAACUACGUCGGAUGCGUCGCAGACCGCGACGUAAACCACGCAGCAAAAGUGCGGCACCGACCUAUAGAAAGUCAACUGGGAAAGGGACUAGAAGUGAUACUGAACUCUAA